AUGGCACCAGCAGCCAAGUCCACCAAGCCAGCAGCUUCAGCGCCUAAAAAGCGAGAGUUCAAGCCGAGACCGCCUCGGUCAGCGGAAGAGCGUCUCCCGAAGCUGUAUCAUGGCUUGACAGAUCAGGUGGAUGGAGGACACUUCCAGAACGCCAUCAAGUCUUGUCGGAAGAUCCUCGCCCUCGACCCAUCCUCGGUCCCAGCCUUCCAGACCCUCCUCUUCCUCCACCUCCACACUGACGAGUACGCCUCAGCACUCGCACUUCUCGACAAUCCGCCAACAGGCUCGGUCUCGACGCUAGAGUUUGAGCGGGCGUACUGCCUUUACAGGCUGCACAGGGAGAAGGAGGCACUGGAGGUUUUAAGGACGAUCGGUACGCAAGGUCGGAAGGAGGACCAUCUGGAGGCGCAGAUUAGCUACCGUAUGGGCGACUACAAGCGGGCUCAGGAGCUGUAUGACGACCUUCUCGCCGGAUGUGACUCUUCCUCCUCGGAGCACCCAGACAUCAUCACCAAUAUCAAUGCCACCGCCGCACAUGUCGACUUCGUCUCGCACGGCUUCCACUCCCAUCUCUCCGCGCCUCCCCCUUCGCAAGCCUCAGCCCCCGCCAGCCACAUACCUUCCGAAAGCGAGCUCGAGACAUUCGUUCCUAGCUUACCGGCUGGAUGGGCGAGUGGAGGUGCGCCUAGCGUUGCUGCAAAGGCGCCAGUCAAGGAGGCGAAGCCGGAGCAGAAGAAGAAGCCUCGGCACAAGUUACCAAAGGGCGCUGUGGUCGGCAAGCCAUUCAACGAAGAUCCGGACAGAUGGCUGCCUAUGAAGCAGCGAGCAUCGUUCAUUGCUGCUCAGAGUAAGAAGAAGGGAGGCAACAUGAGUAUGGGGGUCGGUAUGACCCAGGGAAGCUCGUCGCAUGCUGCUAGUGGUGGAGGAGGCAGUGGAGGUGGAGGUGGAGGAAACAAGAAGAAGAAAGGGAAGAAGUAG